AUCGAUCCGCUAAAGGUUGCAACUUAUUGCCAAGAUCCACCCCAUGUAAUAAAACUCCAAAAGAUCACUCUGCUUGCUCUGCUAAUUUCUUUUGGUCCUUCAAAUCUUCAACUGCAGUAGCAGGUCAGCUCCAAACAAGAAAAGAAAAAAAAAAGUACUCACAGCAACAGCAGCUGCAGUGGCAAGUGUUCAUUCAUGCUGCAGCAGUUGUACACCUGUGCUGUGAUGUUCUUUUGCUCCAAAUGAUGCAUGCAGCAGUGCUACCAGACUACCAGUAGCUUUCAUCACACACCCGCACACGCAAAAGGGGCGCAACACUAGUAGAAAAAGGAGAUGCAGGAGGAGGUGGCAAUGGUGGUGGAAGAAUAUCAUCAUGAAGUGGGGGGAGUUUGUCUUUCUUUAACCAUGGGGUCCUCCUCCCCUUCACCCUGCUCUCCUCUCUCACAUUCCAUAGUCCAUAGGACUGAGGACAUAGCCACCAUAGUCCACCAUCACCACCAUACCCCUCUGCCUCUGGCCCUCUCCCAUUCAUCAUUCACUUUUUUUCCUCUCCCCUUUUCUCCUCCAUAGCCUGCCCUCUAGCUUCACUUCUUUUCGUGGAGGCAUAGCAUCCUUUUCAGAACAGCUCCGGCACUGUUCUCAGAUCCCUUGUGCGUUCUUGCUCCAAACUCGCAUGUUGCAGCACAGGGACUCUACGGAUUCCCGAGAGCCCACCACCGGCUCGCUUUGGGGCGCCCUGAUGACAGAAUUGCAAAAGAAAGUAUUCCGACCAUGGCCCAGUUGCAAACCUGCAAUCCUUAUUAAAUUGCAACGUCUGUAGCUACUUGUUUCGGACACGCUGCUAGUCAUCGCCCCUUUAUUUGGUUUCCAAACUGCUUACCUGAGGUCAUCGCCCCUUUAUUCUUCUUUUCUUCUGGACUGAGGUGUAUUAGCUCGUCAGCAAUGACUAAUUCAGAUUAAGGCAUCUAAUUCGAUGGAUAAUAUUAAGAUUAGUUUGACCAUGGGCUGCUUAUGGAGGCAUGAUUACUGAUUGUUGUAGAGGUAGUUUCUCUUCACAAACCAUGUUGCUUCCGAAUAAAUUCCAGAACAGCUGCUUUCUGGCUGCAAGUCUGAAACUGCGGCAUAUGACCACAGUUUGGGAUCAGUCAUGACAGCACUUCAAAUAUAGAGUAUUUCUAUAGGACCAAAGUAUCAAACAAUUUACCGACUUCCUCCUCACUGUAAAUUAUCUUUGAAAGAUCUGCAGCAGAAAACAUGUGCCAUAUGCUUGACUACAAUGAAGCCUGGUCAGGGCCAUGCUCUCUUCACAGCAGAGUGCUCACACACCUUCCACUUCCAUUGUAUUUCGGCAAAUGUUAAGCACGGAAGCAGCAGCUGCCCAGUCUGCCGUAUCAAAUGGAAGGAGCUCCCAUUUCGAGGUCCCUUGCCUGCUGAAUUACCCCAAGGAAAUGCAAGGAUUAAUCCAGUUAAUGGGUACCAAAAUGGAGGCCAUAUGAACAUAUUGCGACCACUUCCUCGUGCGCGCUCUUCUGGCAGGCUUCACCAUCUGGCCACAUUACUGCCUGACACUGACCCUAGUACUUUCAAUGACGAUGAACCCUUGGAUUUGUUGUGUGAAGAGGCUAAUGACACUCAACAGGGCUGUUUGAGAACAGUAGAGAUAAAAACAUAUCCAGAGUUCACUGAAGUACCUGAAAAUACAUCAGAAAGAAACUUCACUGUUCUAAUUCACCUUAAGGCACCCCUUGCUCAGCAUCUGCAGCCAUCCAGCAAUCUUGGAGAUGGCAAUGGACUAAGUACAACUCGUGCCCCUGUUGAUCUCAUCACAGUUCUUGAUGUCAGUGGAAGUAUGGCUGGUACCAAACUUGCAUUGUUGAAGAGGGCUAUGGGAUUUGUCAUUCAGAACCUUGGAUCCUCUGAUCGGCUUUCUGUCAUCGCCUUCUCAUCAUCCGCACGUAGGCUCUUCCCACUUCGUAGGAUGACUGAGUCUGGUCGGCAGCAAAGCUUGCUGGCUGUUAAUUCACUGACUUCAAAUGGUGGGACCAAUAUUGCAGAGGGCCUCAGGAAAGGCUCCAAGGUGAUCGAAGAACGCCAGGCCAAGAAUCCAGUCUGCAGCAUCAUCCUUCUGUCAGAUGGUCAAGAUACAUAUACAGUCUCACCAACUGCUGGUGUACACAAAGGAGCACCAGAGUACUGUGCGCUCUUGCCAUCCACUAAUGGUAACCAGCAGAUACCUGUUCAUGUGUUUGGAUUUGGUGCUGACCAUGACUCCGUCUCACUGCACUCCAUCUCACAAACUUCUGGUGGGACCUUUUCAUUCAUCGAGACAGAGGCUGCUAUCCAAGAUGCAUUUGCACAAUGCAUUGGUGGACUUUUGAGCGUAGUUGCACAAGGUCUGCAUGUAAAGGUGGAGAGCCUCCACCCUGACGUGCACUUCGGCUCCAUCAGGUCAGGCAGCUAUUCUAGCAGAGUUUCAGAUGAUAAGAGGAAUGGCUCCAUAGAUGUUGGGGACCUGUAUGCUGAAGAGGAAAGGGAUUUUCUUGUGUCUGUAAACGUCCCACCAGGCUAUGGGGAAACAGCACUUCUCAAGGUUGGCUGUGUCUACAAAGAUCCACUGAUGAAGGAGACAGUGAAUAUGGCUGAUGUGCAAGUGAAGAUCUCCAGGCCAGCAUUCGUCUCAGUACAAAGCGUGUCAAUCGAGGUGGACCGCCAGAAGAACCGUCUUCAUGCAGCUGAGGUGAUGGCUGAAGCAAGGUUUUCUGCAGAGCGUGGUGACCUGACCAAUGCUGUUUCUCUACUCGAAGACUGCCGGAGAAUGAUCAUGGGAUCAGCAUCAGGACAGUCCGGUGACCGUCUGUGCCAAGCAUUGGAUGCUGAGCUAAAGGAGAUGCAAGAUCGGAUGGCCAAUCGGCAAAGGUACGAGGCAUCUGGUCGGGCAUAUGUCCUCUCAGGCCUGAGCUCCCACUCAUGGCAGAGGGCCACUGCACGCGGGGACUCGACGGACAGCGAGAGCCUAAUCCAGGCCUACCAGACUUCAUCCAUGGUGGACAUGCUGCUGCGCUCGCAGACAAUGAGCCGCUCAUCGAUCCCUCGACCAACUCCACAGAUGAGGCACGCGAAAUCAUUCCCAGCACGCCCGCAGCCAAGGUAACUGCACUUCGGUGUUGCCAAGAAGGAUUCGCCUGAAGCCUAAUUUGCUUGUUGAUGAUGGACGACAAAGUAGCUUCUUCUAAAUUCCUAGUUUUGUGGUGGGAGGACGGGACCAGGGUAUAGUUUGUGUGGGUAUAAGGGAUGUAACGGUGUAAAUUUGAUUUGGGGUGGUGGAGGUAAAUGGUGAGAGAGGUAAGGUAUUUUAUAAUUGGGGGUAGGGGGAUGGUAUACGUCCUGGGGAAAUGGGCAGGAGGGCGGGCAUUUUUUUUUUACCGUUGGUGGUGACUUGGUAUACUCUAGUAUUGUACUAGCUCCUUUGUGUGGUGAUGUACAUAAGGGAAGGGUAUACAUUUGUGGACUCUUUGAGGAGGGAUGGAUACCUAAUCCUGAUCCUGAUCCUUGCAAGGUUUGUUCCCUCGACCUGGAAAUGGAAAAGGUUUGUUGCCUCUUCCUGGAAAUGGAAUUAAUGAUCCUGCUGGGUAUUUUUCCUUG